AUGAAUCAUUAAUCAUUACCUUAAUUACAAAAGUUCAAACAAAUUGCAUAAACUCCUGAAGAAAAUUCCAAAAGAAGUGAUGAAGUGACUCGAUUGAAAUAAUAGAUUGCUCAGUUACAAAAAUAAAUAGAAUUCGUUCAAUAGAACAAAUCCUUUGUAAUGAAAAUUCAAAAUUAGCAAUGCACUCUCUGUCUCAGAUAUAAAGUACUAAGGUACUUUAUUUAUUGUAGACUUAAAUCGAACAAUUAAUCAAAUAAGAAAAAUAGAUCAAGAAAUAAUAUGAAUUAAAAAUUGAAGAAUUAUUAUUAAGUUUAAAUCAAAAAAAUGUUAAACUAAAACUUUCAUAAACUUAACAAACUGACCAUGUUCCAACCCUAGAAAAAAGUAUUUAAGUUGAAUUAUAGAUUGUGUAAUAAAAUCAAUUAAAUUCUAUUGAAACUUUGAAGUAAUCUCCUUUAGUAAAAUAAUAUGAACAAAUUAUAAUUGAUUUUCAUAAGGAUUAUGAAAAUAAGGCCUAUUAAGUUUUAUAAUAUAAGGAAUUAUAUGAAAAAUAAAAAUCUUAGUAUGAAUAAUUUAAAUCUUAACAUAUAAAUUGCAAUGAAAAAAUACAUAAAUUAUAAAUCGAAGUUAAUUUUUUAAAAGAUACCUCAAAUCAGUAUAAAUUACCUGAUAACAUCUUAAAUCUUAAAAAGUCUAUUGAUUGCACAAUAGAAUAAAAUAAAAUGAAUUAAGUUGUAAUGAAGACUUAAGAAAGUGAUUCUACUAUUAAGAUAUAUCAGAAAUUGUAAUAAAUAGAGACAGAUUUAUAUAUUAGUCUAAGAUGCACAAAAUGCAAAGAUUUUUAUUAAAAUCCUAUUACAUUUGUUCCUUGUGGCCAUAGUGUUUGUUUUAAAUGCCAAAACAAUAGAUGUGAAAAAUGUGAAAAAGAGGCUAGUUAUUUUAGAAAUAAUAAUUUAGAUCUCUUAAUCAAGAUAUAUAAUCAAAUUAAAGAUAUUCAUUAAAAAAGAUGA